AUGGCCCGCACUCACCGGAUCGCCUCAUCUCAGCUGUCCGCAUUUCUCCUUUUCCUACUCGCGGCCGCGUUUUCUUCCUGCUCCGAUGCGCGCAUUCGCAUCCCGCGCUUCCCGGGUUCGUUCCACAGGCAGCAGAAAAUCCGGGCGAGCGCGCACAUAGAUAAGAGCGGAAACAUCUAUAACGAAGUUGCCGCGUCCGGAGCUUCGGCUCGCGGCAGUUACGCCUGGAACGCCUCUUACUUCACCCAGAAUCUCGACCAUUUCUCGUUCACCCAGUCGAGCUACGCCACGUGGCAGCAGAAGUACAUCUGGUGGGACGGCGCGUGGGGCGGCGCGGAGAGCGGCGCGCCGAUCUUCGUGUACUGCGGCAACGAGGGGCCGAUCCAAUGGUUCAUGGACAACGCAGGGUGGAUCCGCGAGAUCGCUGUCGAAUUCGGCGCGCUUGUCGUGGGACCCGAGCACCGGUACUAUGGUGAGUCGAUGCCAUUCGGCUCGGAAAAAGAAUCCUUCAGCAACGCGUCGACUCGUGCGUUCCUCACCACAGAGCAGGCCAUGGCGGACAUGGCAGUGCUUCUCACGGCGCUUAAGGACAACUUAUCCGCGCAUGACUCGCCCAUCAUCCUCUUCGGAGGCUCCUACGGUGGCAUGCUCGCAGCAUGGUUCCGCCUAAAGUACCCGCACAUAGCAGCAGGCGCCAUCGCAGCAUCGGCACCCAUCUUGCAAUACGAGGACAUUGUCCCCAGCGAGACCUUCUACCGCAUAGUGUCACACGACUUCAAGAUAGAGAGUGAGAAUUGUUUCAAUGCCAUCAAUAGCAGCUGGGCGGAAAUCAGGGAGGAGGCAGCAGCUGAGGGAGGGCUUGUACGCCUCUCAGAGCAGUUCCGCCUGUGCAGCCCGUUGACCGAUGCAGAUGAUCUUAUCUCAUGGUUGGAAACGGCAUACAUCUACAUGGCAAUGGUGGAUUACCCAGUGCCCUCUGAUUUCCUCAUGCCACUGCCCGCCCACCCCAUUCGAGAGCUGUGUCGGCGAGUUGACAGCCUCCCUGCAAGUGCCAGCCUUAUUGAUCGCAUUGUUGCUGGAGUGGGCGUGUAUUACAACUACUCGGGAUCUGAGUCGUGCUUCAGCGUUGGCGAUACGGAUCCCCAUGACAUGUCCAAUGGGUGGGACUUCCAGAAUGGGUGUGUGGGACUGCCCCCAAGUGCUGACCCCCAAGGUAUGGAGAAUGGGUGUGUGGGACUGCCCCCAAGUGCUGACCCCCAAGGUAUGGAGAAUGGGUGUGUGGGACUGCCCCCAAGUGCUGACCCCCAAGGUAUGGAGAAUGGGUGUGUGGGACUGCCCCCAAGUGCUGACCCCCAAGGUAUGGAGAAUGGGUGUGUGGGACUGCCCCCAAGUGCUGACCCCCAAGGUAUGGAGAAUGGGUGUGUGGGACUGCCCCCAAGUGCUGACCCCCAAGGUAUGGAGAAUGGGUGUGUGGGACUGCCCCCAAGUGCUGACCCCCAAGGUAUGGAGAAUGGGUGUGUGGGACUGCCCCCAAGUGCUGACCCCCAAGGUAUGGAGAAUGGGUGUGUGGGACUGCCCCCAAGUGCUGACCCCCAAGGUAUGGAGAAUGGGUGUGUGGGACUGCCCCCAAGUGCUGACCCCCAAGGUAUGGAGAAUGGGUGUGUGGGACUGCCCCCAAGUGCUGACCCCCAAGGUAUGGAGAAUGGGUGUGUGGGACUGCCCCCAAGUGCUGACCCCCAAGGUAUGGAGAAUGGGUGUGUGGGACUGCCCCCAAGUGCUGACCCCCAAGGUAUGGAGAAUGGGUGUGUGGGACUGCCCCCAAGUGCUGACCCCCAAGGUAUGGAGAAUGGGUGUGUGGGACUGCCCCCAAGUGCUGACCCCCAAGGUAUGGAGAAUGGGUGUGUGGGACUGCCCCCAAGUGCUGACCCCCAAGGUAUGGAGAAUGGGUGUGUGGGACUGCCCCCAAGUGCUGACCCCCAAGGUAUGGAGAAUGGGUGUGUGGGACUGCCCCCAAGUGCUGACCCCCAAGGUAUGGAGAAUGGGUGUGUGGGACUGCCCCCAAGUGCUGACCCCCAAGGUAUGGAGAAUGGGUGUGUGGGACUGCCCCCAAGUGCUGACCCCCAAGGUAUGGAGAAUGGGUGUGUGGGACUGCCCCCAAGUGCUGACCCCCAAGUGCUGACCCCCAAGGCAUGCACAGAGCAUGUCAUGCCCAUGAGCAGCAACGCCAGCAACAGCCUGUUUGAGCCCUUUGAGUGGAACCAGACAGCCUUUGAGGAAAAUUGCUUGCAGCAGUAUGGCGUUGCUCCGAGACCCACCUGGGCCAUGACUCAAUUCGGUGGACGGUCCAUCCGUUCAGCCCUGCGCCAUUUCGGCAGCAACAUCGUGUUCUCCCAGGGGGCGCUUGACCCCUGGAGUGGAGGCGGAGUGCUUGAGGACAUUUCAGACACCCUAGUCAGCCUCACCAUUCCUGACGGCGCCCACCACCUGGACCUGCGUGCGUCCACCCCAGCCGAUCCCCCUUCGGUGCGGAAGCAGAGGAAGGAGGAGAAGAAGCACAUACAGAAGUGGAUCAAGCAGUUGCACAAGGACAGGGAGGAGGCGAAGAAGCAAGGGAGGAAUGGCCUUCGUUUCAGCUCGCUCCCUUCCUUUGAAGACGUCUCCUCCACCUCCCUCGCUCUCUUCAUCCUCUCUCUCACCCUCCUCGCCACAUCUGUUGGUCUCUCCUUCUCCACCACACGCCGCGCACGCCCCAUCCGCACCAGCUACCCACCCGCAUUGCAUCACCCGCUCAUUGGGGGGAGACAGUGA